AUGGCUCUCAAAACAUGUGCACAGGUUGCUGUUUCCCAGCUUCUGAAGGCUAGCAGGAGGAGUUUUGCUGCUGCCGCCGAAUCUAUUACUGUGCGAGACGCCCUUAACCAAGCCAUGGAUGAGGAGAUCAAGCGUGAUGAUCGCGUGUUCCUUAUCGGAGAAGAGGUUGCUCAGUAUGAUGGCGCUUACAAGGUACCGAUCGUUGAUUUUUUAUGA